AAGACGUAUUUUUUUAACAAGUGCAGUGGCAGUGCUUUAUUUUUUUCAAUACUACCUUAUCAAAACAAAAAACGCAUAGUUUUCAAUACUAAUUGUGCUUAGUGAAAACAAUAACAAAUAAUAGAAAUAAUUUCAAAACAAUGACACUGUUAAUCCCUCAAAGAAUUUAAUUCAUUUAAUUUAUUUGCUUUAAGUAUUAUCAAUAAUAAUAAAAAACAAUAACAAAUUUCAAAACAAAAUAAAAAAAGUAAUGAAAACAAAUCAUGCAUCAUGAAUACUAAUUGUAAUGAUGACGAUGCUAGUAGAGAAAAAGAUUCUUUAUACAACUGGCGAAUACUAUCAAAAGUAAACAAACGUACGGAAAGUAAAUGCCCAAUUGGAAAUGAAGUAAAAAAGCGAAAUGAUGAUGUCUUAGAUGCCUCCAAUGCAAAUCGAUGUUCAGGCUUAGACUUUGAGAGCAACAGCGUUAAAAGAUGGUUACCAAAAUCCGCCAUGAGGCCUGUUGGCCCUGAUGCAUCGCACACCGAUUGUAUAUUGGUUGUGGGUGUCUCCCGUCCCAAAUUAGCUGUAGUCUUUCUAACCGUCAUGUUGAUUUCAUUGUUUUUAACAUUUCAUGUCUUGUACGACAGUGCUGUCUAUAAUAUACAGGCGGCUCAGGCAGUACACGAGCAUCAUCAUCAUCGUUUAGCCUUAAUGAGUUCAAACAGUAUUGCCAAUGGUGGCAGCAGUGGUGGCGGAAGUGGUAGUAGUGGUGGUGGGAGUAUGAAAAAUAUAAACACCAAUCGGGCCAAACAUUUGCCUGAGGAUUAUGGUGGUGGUGGUGGCGGUGGCAGUGCCGGUAUGACUGGCAGCAGUACGAAUAAUAAACAUGCGUCUGAUAUCUCAUCAUCCAAUCAGCAGAUCAGUCAUCCUAUGGUGUUUCCAUCAAAUCGUGUACAUUUUCCAAAAACCAGUCGACGUUUACCGCAGGCUCUUAUAAUUGGCAUACGAAAGUGUGGUACACGUGCCCUUUUGGAAAUGUUGUAUUUGCAUCCUCGCAUACAGAAGGCUGGCGGUGAAGUACAUUUUUUUGAUCGCGAUGAAAACUAUAUGAAAGGACUGGAGUGGUAUCGCAAAAAAAUGCCACAUUCAUUUCGUGGACAAAUAACGAUAGAAAAAAGUCCCAGUUAUUUUGUAUCGCCCGAGGUGCCAGAACGUGUACGAGCCAUGAAUGCCAGUAUUAAAUUGUUGCUGAUAGUAAGGGAACCGGUGACAAGAGCCAUUUCUGAUUACACUCAAUUACGGAGUCAUGCAGCAACAGCCACACUACCAUUAGCCAACGAACAGCAGCAGCCACAGCAACCAACAACAUCACCAUCAUCAUCGUCCUCCUCAUCCUCCUCCUCGUCAUCGGCAGCAAAUGCGGGUAAAGUGUCCUCACAUUCAAUGUUGUACAACAAAUUAAAUGCUGGUUACUCCUCAUCACAAGUAUAUGACAAUUCAUUAGGUGGUGGAGGUGGUCGUGGCAGUGGUAAUGGUAAUGGAAAUGUCUAUGGUUCUGGGGCAGGUGGCAUUAAAAUAAAUUUUAAAAAUCCAUACAACAACUAUCGCCACUAUGAGACAACAACGGCUAGUCCACAAACAAAUAUGGCCAGCUCAACAGCACAAAUUUUGUCCAAAUCCUUUGAGGAAUUGGCCAUAUUUCCUAAUGGCACAGUCAAUGAAUCCUAUCGUCCCUUAAGCAUAUCUAUGUACCAUUUACAUUUACAUCGUUGGCUGGAAGUCUUCCCACGUGAACAGAUCUUGAUUGUCAAUGGCGAUCGUUUAAUAGAUGAUCCAGUAUCGCAAUUGAAGAAGAUUGAAAGCUUUUUAGGCAUUGAACAUCGCAUUACCAGCAAUCAUUUCUACUUUAAUGAAACGAAAGGAUUCUACUGUCUGCGCUACGAUAGUGGUGACCGUUGUUUGCGCGAAACAAAAGGACGAAAACAUCCUCAUGUUGAUCCGGUUGUCAUCUCCAAACUGCGUAAAUUUUUCGCCGAACACAAUCAACGUUUCUACGAAUUGGUUGGAGAGGAUUUGGGUUGGCCAGAAGAGUAAAAUAAUGUGAAAAAUGUGGGUAGGAGGUUGAAGGCUUUCAAUACCAAAAACGAAUGUGUACCAUGUGUAAAGUAUGUAUGUAUAAAGUAAAUAAAAUUAAAAAAAAGUAGUUAGCAAUUGGUAAGUGUAAACAAAUGAUAAUGAAGUCAUAAACUGAAACAACAAAAGAACGUGUAUUUGUAACUAUUAAAUUAAAAAAAAAACAAAAACAAACACAUAGAACAAAUUAAAAUGGAAAACUGUAUGAAAACCCAAAUCAACAUAUGAAAACCAUUUUAAAGAAAAAAAAAAACAGUAAAUACUAAAGGAAAAAAUAAGCGCAGCAAUUAAGAAAACAAGGACUGAAAUGCAAAUAUUAAUACAAGUACACAGGUUUAUUUUAUAAAUAAUAUUUUUUCUGUUAUAUGAGGCUUUUUUAUUCUUUCUUUUUUUUUUUGUCUGUUAUACUUUAAUUUACUUAUCCUUAUUGUAUGUUAUUUUUAUGUUAAAUACCCUACACUGUGUUUUAAUACAAAAGGUUUUGGUACUAGCCGUAAAACAAUUCAAAUAAAAUAAUUUUUGAACGAGUUUAAUCCUCAUCUCAAGGUUGUGUGGAAAACCACGCAAAAUUAAUCUUUUUUAUAAAUAUUUCAACAAAUUUGUUAGACUUCUUAUUUGACUUCUUAUGCAACAUCAAUUCAGCAUUGACAACACAUUAAUUUAUUCAAAAAUAUUUUUUUUAUCGACAAAUUUAAAUAGUGACAUUGAUUACCCUGGUGUGGUUUUCCACACAUAUGUAAUUUCUAUGGUUUUUCAAAAUUAUGUUGUUCUGAGGCAUCGAAAAUAAUGUUGUAGCUUUAUUACAACGUUAAUUUAUUCAAAUUUUUUUUUGUUAUCGAAGAAUUUUAAAAAUUAAUAUCGCUUACACUGGUGUGAUUUUCCACACAUAUGUAAUUUCUGUGGAUUUUCCAAAUUUUGUUGUUCUGAGGCAUCGAAAAUAAUGUUGUAGUUUUAUUACAACAUUAAUUUAUUCUAAAUUUGUUUUGUUAUCGAAAAAUUUAAAAAAGUAACGUUGCUUAUCCUAGUGUGGUUUUCGACACAUUUGAAAUUUCUAUGAAUUUUGCAAAUUUUGUUGUUCUGAGGCACCGAAAACAAUGUUGUGGUUAUUUGUUAUCGAAAAAUUUAAAAAGUUACGUUGAUUACCCUGGUGUGGUUUUCCACACAUAAGAAAUUUCUAUGUAUAAUACAAAUUUUGUUGUCCUGAGGCAUUGAGUAUUUAAAUAUUUUUACCCGUUAUUAUACUUAAAGUAUAAUAACAGGUAAAAAGGGGAAUUUUAUAUCUGUUUUAAAUAGAUCACAUACAGUCUUCAAAUUUUAAAUAACGAUUUAUUUAAUAUCGUUUUAGUUUAAAAACAAGAAAUAUAGAAUAAAUCCUGAACUAAAGGUCCCAAUAAAGU